UUCUACGCACACAGUAGUUAAAUAAUCCAAUUUCAGUACGUUCCUAUAAUAUUUUAUUAAAUUAUUUUACAUUGAAAUCAGAUGACCCAUUAUCACCCAGUAUGGCAGUUGCGACGCGUAUUAAGAAUCAAACCUUCGAUAUUACUGGCUUUGCUUGGGUUGAAUUUGGGUUGUUUUGAUAAAAAUGUUAUGGAGGGCUAUAAAUACAUUCAAAAAAAAAAAUCGUAAAUAAUUCUGGGAAAUUUAUAUAUAUGUACAACAUUGUGGCCCUGUGUUUAGAGAUUUUGGCUUUUAACAUUAUCCGAAACAGCGCCCUCUGUCGUCAAUAUUUCGGGGAUUCCCCGUUUAACGUUGCAACACCUGUUUUUACAUUUAUUUUGAGUGAAUUGGCCAUUGUUAUACUCAGUCAGUUUAUGCUGGGCUCACUUAUUUUCCGAACGCUGUAGUGUAAACAUUGGUUUCCAGUUAAAAUGACGUCUGUAAAUGGUGAUGUUUUUCGUUUAAAUAAUGACAGGCACUCGACAGUUAUUAAAGCCAAUGAAUAUUUUGAAAGUGUUGUUAGUGAGUUUUUAAGAUCAAGUUCAGAUCAAAAUGCCUCAGAGAAAGCCAGAUUAGUUAAAGAAUGUUUGAGGGAAAUAAACGUCAUAUACAUAAGCAAACUUGAUACAACAGAAAGGACGGAUUGGAGUGACGAAUGCUACAGAUGUGCCUACGUGUAUCGCUUCUUUGCAGUACAUAGCUAUAUGGUCUAUCAAAGUCUGCAGCUAGCACUGGCGAAUUGGGGGCAUCUCACGGAAAUAUGGAAAUACAAGCCGCGUUUCCGUGUGUGCUCCAUCGGUGGUGGGCCUGGAUCAGACGCUGUGGGCCUGACCAAGUAUCUACGGGACACUGGACUGGUUUCAACUAACCGUUUGGAGUGCUCGAUAUUUGAUCUCCGACCUGAAUGGGAGGACACUUGGAAAAAGAUUACACAGAACAACGCCAGUGAUGAGUUUCCACCGAUGACGUAUUUCUCCUGUGACAUGACUCGUAGUUCUAACGGUCUGAGCAUGAACGAGCUGGAUAAAAUUAGGUCGGCUGACAUUGUCUCCUUUGUCAAAUUUUUCUCCACUGUGGCUAAUUCUAUCCGCAAAAACAAUGACUGUGGCAACUUACUGCGUACAAUUUUCCGGGAACUUAAACCAGGCGCUCUGGUGCUUUAUAUUGACAAUGCUUAUAAGAAUGAAGAUGGAGAGUUUAAGGAAAUUGCUUCCUUCAAAGGAGUUCAAGAAACGCUGUACAGAAGCAUUCGUUGGUUCAGUAUGCCCGUGGCGAAUCGCUCAGAUAUAUUGACUACAUUUGACCGAGUGACUGGAAAAAAUCCCAACAAUGUAUUCACAGUGUCUGUCAUGCUCCUCAGAAAACCAUCCGAAGAAAAAACACUGUCCAUAUCUACAUUUACAUAUCCCAUUGUCCACACUGAAGCUGAUAACGCACUACCAGAAGCGGAGCCUAACCACACUGAAGCUGAUAACGCACUACCAGAAGCGGAGCCUAACCACACAGAAGCUGAUAACGCACUACCACAAGCUGAGCCUAUCCACACCGAAGCUGAUAACACACUACCAGAAGCUAAGCCUAUCCACACUGAAGCUGAUAAAGCACUACUAGAUGCUGAGCCUAUCCACACUGAAGCUCCUCUACCAGCAGCUGAGGUUAUCCACACUGAAGCUACUAAUGCACUACCAGAAGCGGAGAAUAACCACACUGAAGCUGAUAACGCACUACCACAAGCUGAGCCUAUGCACACAGAAGCUGAUAACGCACUACCAGAAGCUGAGCCUAUGCACACCGAAGCUGACGAAGCACUACUAGAAGCUGAGCCUACCCACACCGAAGCUCCACUACCAGCAGCUGAGCCUAUCCACAAUGAAGCUACGAACGCACUACCAGAAGUUGAGCCGACCCACACUGAAGCUGAUAACACACUACCAGAAGCUAAGCCUAUCCACACUGAAGCUGAUAACGCACUACCAGAAGCUGAGCCUAUCCACACUGAAGCUGAUAAAGCACUACCAGAAGCUGAGCCUAUGCACACCGAAGCUGACGAAGCACUACUAGAAGCUGAGCCUAUCCACACUGAAGCUCCUCUACCAGCAGCUGAGCCUAUCCACACUGAAGCUACUAACGCACUACCAGAAGUGGAGUCUAUCCACACUGAAGCUGUUAACUCACUACCAGAAGCUGAGCCUAUGCACACUGAAGCUGAUAACGCACUACCAGAAGCUGAGCCUUUUCCUUCAAAAAGGAGCAUCAGUCCACUUGUCACUACAUCUGAAGCGGAAUCUGUUCCUUCAAUGUCAACUCACAUCAAACCAGACGUCCAGCCCCAUGACACAGAUGAAGCGACAACGCCGCCGAAACUCCAAGUCAGACGCAAACCCCAAAGCAGAUGUCGCUAUGCUCCUUAUUGAAGUCACUGAUGUAAGACAAACAAAAGGAGCAGGAGAUUAAAGGAACACGUUGCCUUGGAUCGGCC